GUACUAGUCACUUUCAAUUUAGCUUAAGACAUUCAUUUUUAAGUUAUUUGGAAACACUCUAAUUCCAAAUGUCUCUCUCUGUCUUAAUGGAUUCAAGUUCUCCAACCAUUCUUUUACAUCCAUCCAUAGAACCAAGAGAUGAGACGGGUAGUGUCCUUUUUGACCCAUCCAAGUUGCAAAAACAAUCAAGUUUACCCUCAGAGUUCAUAUGGCCAUGUGGGGACUUGGUUCACACCCAAGAAGAGCUUAACGAGCCAUUGAUAGACUUGGGUGGGUUCAUCAAAGGAGACGAAGAAGCUACUGCACAUGCAGUCGACCUUGUUAAGACUGCCUGUUCUAAACAUGGUUUCUUCCAAGUUACAAACCAUGGUGUUGAUUCAAAUCUUAUCCAAGCUGCUUACCAAGAGAUUGAUGCUGUGUUUAAGUUACCCCUUAACAAGAAGCUCGGUUUCCAAAGAAAGCCUGGUGGUUUUUCAGGCUAUUCUGCUGCCCAUGCUGACCGGUUUUCCGCUAAGUUGCCAUGGAAGGAAACAUUUUCUUUUGGCUACCAAGGACUUAACUCCGAUCCUUCUGUGGUUCAUUAUUUCAGCUCUGCUUUGGGGGAAGAUUUUGAGCACACCGGGAGGAUUUUCCAAAAGUAUUGUGAAAAAAUGCGGGAGCUGUCGCUAGUGAUCUUCGAACUGUUGGCAAUCAGCUUGGGGAUAGAUCGUUUACACUACAGAAAAUUUUUCGAAGAUGGGAAUUCAAUAAUGAGGUGUAAUUACUAUCCCCCAUGCAAUAAUUCUGGCCUCACCCUUGGCACUGGCCCUCACUCUGAUCCUACUUCCUUAACAAUUCUUCACCAAGAUCAAGUGGGAGGGCUCGAAGUUUUCAUCAAUAACAAAUGGUAUGCUGUUCGACCUCGACAAGAUGCCUUUGUCAUUAACAUUGGUGAUACUUUCAUGGCAUUAUGCAACGGAAGAUACAAGAGUUGCCUGCAUAGAGCAGUGGUGAACAAGGAGAGAGAGAGGAGAUCAUUGGUAUACUUUGUGUGCCCAAAAGAAGACAAAAUAGUGAGACCCCCACAAGAUCUAAUGUGCAGAUCAGGAGGGCCAAGAGUGUAUCCUGAUUUCACAUGGUCUGAUUUGUUGGACUUCACUCAAAAUCACUAUAGAGCUGACGUUGCUACACUCCAAAGCUUCUUUCCUUGGCUCCUCUCUUCUAACCCUACUUCCAACUUCUAGUUCUUCUCUACUCCCCUAUCUUUUCAUAUAAAUAUCUUGGUUUCCACUUUGUAUCUAUCUGCUAUAGAUUAUAAUAUGUUUUAAGUCUCUCUA